UGUGGUGAUGUCACGGGUGGGCGGAGCCUGUCGAGAUCUGCUGCAUCUGGUACACUUACGUGAUCGCGCGGUUCCCGGGGAUGCAAACACAAAUUUAACGUCGGUUUCUUUAACGCACAGAAAUUAAUCACGACGCCGGGGCCGACGAAACGAUUGUUGAGGACCUGAUUUGCCAUGGCUGAGCAGCAGAGGCAGCGCAGUCUCUCCACCUCUGGAGAAUCACUCUAUCAUGUGCUGGGUGUUGACAAACUGGCCACUGUCGAUGACAUCAAGAAGUCAUACAGGAAACUGGCAUUGAAAUAUCACCCUGACAAGAAUCCUGACAACCCUGAGGCAUCUGAUAAGUUUAAAGAGAUAAACAAUGCCCACGCCAUCCUUAACGACCCGACAAAGAGAAACAUCUAUGAUAAGUAUGGCUCUCUGGGACUUUAUGUGGCUGAACAGUUUGGAGAAGAGAACGUCAACACUUACUUUGUCCUAUCCAGCUGGUGGGCCAAGGCUCUGUUUAUUUUCUGUGGCCUGGCGACAGGCUGCUACUUCUGCUGUUGCCUGUGCUGUUGUUGUAACUGCUGCUGUGGGAAGUGUAAACCACGGCCACCUGAGGGACAGGAACAGGAAUUCUAUGUUUCCCCUGAAGACUUAGAGGCCCAACUGCAGUCCGAUGAGAGAGAGGCAGGUGGAGGUGAGCCCAUCGUGUUGCAGCCCUCGUCUGCCACAGAAACCACCCAGCUAACGUCUGACGGUUACCAUACUACUUACCACACUGACACCGGCUUCAAUUAAAUGCCCCACUCUCUUCACCCUCAUCCCCGUGGAUUGUCUCUCACCACUCUGCGCCAUGUCUCCGAGAGAAAAAAAUGAAUGGAAAGAAUCCUUCAACAACAACUAAAAAAAGUCUGUUUUGAGAGGAGGAAAUCCAGCGAUGGAGCUGAAUUCUUUAGCGUAUCCUGUCCCUGAUUCACGCACCACUUCCAUCACCCACACAAGAGUGGCUCACAUCCGCCUCACCGUAACAUAGCUUAAAAAACGAGCUUAAGAAAAAAGAUAAUAAAGAUCCUGUCGUUUACCCUGAUCUCUUUGUUGCCUUUGACCUCCGAUCUUGCCUUCCACUCGUUCCCUCACUCCUCCAGCCAGAUUUGCUCGUCGUCCUGUGGCAUGCACUGUUCCUUGACUUCGUUUAAUGAAUUUUCCGCAGUUUUUGCUAUAUUUAUUGACAUGAAAUGUUUGUUCCCAUUUAUAAGUACUUGAGUGUGGUUUAAAGUUGACUCUGUGAACUUGCCAUAGGUGUUCGAAGACUAGUGCGACUGCGCUGAGAAACAGCAGGAAUAUAUUUCAUUUUUAAAAUCUUAAAUAUUCAGUUCGCUUACCUCGCCAGUCUUCCUGGUUUACCGCAGUUUGAAUCUUACGUGUCCCUGUAGGCAACUUUAUCUGCUUUGUGUCACUUAAUUGAGUUUCAGUUUUAAAAAAUUCACAGCCGCGUUCAACAUUAAUUGGAUUCUUUGGAUUGCUUCGCUUUGUUUAUUCAUACGUUAUGUUGUUUUUUGUUUCAAGACAGCUUUUUUUCUGAGAGAGAGAUACAAGUGAUGCAAUUGAUAAUAUGCCAUUUCUUCUUAGUAUUUUGCUCAUUUACAUCUGGAUGUUGGUGUUUCUGUCUUAUUCUGAGAACCAUUUGCAACAAGCUGAGCCAAACUUAGGACUCUUCUCUAUAUAUGGAAUGGAUUUAACUGUCAUCUCUGUGUAGUGUGUAGGUUGUUCGUUGAUGUGCGAUAACAUGUUUGGGCUCUCAGCUUUGGUCUUAGUGUUAAGCUCAGUUUGUCACUUUUCUCUCGUCAAAAGGGAAUCGUGAACACAAUCUGACAUAAACUUCCAUAGUGUCAUAUCACAGUGAGUGUGUAUGUAAGGUGGAAACUAUAGCAGAUGAGACAUUUUUAUAUAGAUGUACAAUCUACACACAUCACGUGUAUGUACAAUAUAUGUAUAUUUUGGUCAUUUUUAUAUUUUAGUUGUUGCCGCAUAUAGUUAAGAUAACUCUUCUUUGUGUCUGUUGUAAUGGCCUCUUGUGGUCACUUGAGACUCCUUAUGCCAAGAUAUACUGUCUGUUGUGAGAUAUGCUUGUAUUUUGAAGACAUUAUUUCCUGAGAGGUAGCCAUUUUUGAUGUUUGUUCAUCAGAUUUAUUUAUUGGAGUGGCAAAGUUAUUUUAACACUACAAGCAUCUGGAUACAUGUUCAAAGUCCAAUCUCCCAAAACCUGAAAGGACAAUAAUGAAAAUUAUUUUGUCUGGAUUAAAAAAAUAAAUAAAUUAAUUAAUUAAAUAAAUGAACAUUUAAUUUGCUAAUUUACUUGAUUAGUAUCUAAGUAACAUAACUUUUUAAUUACAGUAGUGGUCAAGGGUUUGUUCUCUGCAGUAAUAAGGAUAGAGAGAAAUAUUCUUAAUAGUCAUGAAAAUAAUGCAUAAAAUCUUAAAUGUCCUAAAAACAGGCUUUUUCACAAUGCAAAACUAUGUGUGAGAUUAGUUUUUUUUACUUGGCAGUUGCGCUUUCCUUUAUUUUUGAUGUUUUGAAGAUUAUUUGAUCAGCUAAGGCGUCAUGCUGUAACACUAGCAUUUAUUUGAUAGAUUCUCCUCUGAGCUGCCUCAGAGAUGUGGCAUUGUCCCUCAAAAGAUUCAACUAAACCAUUAAACAAUUUUUGUGUCAUACAGCCUAGUUAAGUGAUAUGAUCCUUAAACUUCAUUGUGUUGCUCUUGAUUAUGUUUACACUUUGUUUUCAGUGAAAUUGUGAAAAAGAUGGUGUGUGUGGUGGUUCUGAGUCACCUCAAUACACGCGGUCAGUUCCCUCUUCAAGUAAAACUGAAAGUGCUUUAAUAACCUUAUUAUACCAAACCCGAUUUUCUGAAUCUGCAAUUACAAACACUAAAAUGACCAUCAAUGCCAUAUUAACUCAUGCUUUUUACUCACUGCCUGUUUAUGUGGGCAGGUCUGAAUUUUGUUUGUCAUCUGUCUGUUUUUAUUUUCCAUGUCAGCUCUGACUGGAGCCAAAUACAAAUGUCACCAGCCAUGUUCAUUCACUUUUCUAGUUACUCUUCAAAGGCCAAUGAUUUUUCAUUGAAUUGUUUACAUUUCAUUAUGGAGUACAACGGUAUCUUCAGUCACUGUCUGCUCUUUUUCUCCUCUCGCUCUUACUCUCUUUCUCAUUUCCUCAUUCCAGUGCUCUAGAUGGUUUUUAAUGGAUGUUAGCCUUUGUGGUCUUUUUUCCUGUGCAUUAUCUGUAUCGGAACUACACUCGUAUAAAGAGUAUGGCUUAGUCAUUAAAAUGUUGGAUUUUACGUUGAAUGAACCUUGCUUAAUGGAGAAUAAAUAAAAUAUACUGGAGAAAAAUGGUCAGGAAAUUGUUGCAUAUUAUGUCUUCAGAAAGAAGAGAAAUUGUUUAGUGUAAUUAUAGUGAAAUGGUAAUUUUAUGCAUUUUUUAUUUUAUUGAUGAUCUUAUUUUGUCAUGUUUAUAACUCCUUGUUUCAAAUGGUAUGUUACAUGAAUUUGACUCUGAAACUAUGCUACUCAUAGUUCUAUAGUGAAGGUCUCUUGUACAUACACUAAAUUAUUAAAAAGAAUAAUACUAGACCUUUAUGUUGUAGCAUGGUUAUUGUAUGACUAAAAGAAAAAACAUUUAUUUGCUGGUGUAAAAUAAAUGUUUAUGAACAUUU